AUGACUACGUUAUUUGAUACGCGUUAUUACCGUGUAACGAAAUUUUUUGCUUCGCUGGUCGGUAUAUGGCCGUAUCUGUCGCAGUUCAGAAGAACAUUUCAGCAGUCGCUCAGUGUUUUGAUAAUGUUGACAUUCUUUCCAGCGCAGAUAAAAAAAUUGUAUGACGUGUGGGGGGUAGAUCUAGACAUUGUGUGCACAUGUAUAGCGCCUAUGAUAGCCAUUUUAGUGAGCAUGGCUAAAGUCAUUACUAGUGCUGUAUUUCAACCACAGAUAGAAAUGUUAUUACGUCAAAUCGAAAUGGACUGGGAGAUAGAUCCGGAAGGAGAGGAACAUAAGAUUUUAGUGGAAUACACGUUAAGAACGAGAACAUUGAGCAUAUUUUACACAACUAUGCUGUGUAACGGAAUCUUGUCUUAUAUGUUAACUCCUGUUAUCGUGCCAAUAAUGGACAUAAUUGCACCAAAGAACGAAACGCGCGAGAAACAUUUAGCUUUCGAGGUGGAAUACUUCGGUCUUGAUCAACAAACCUAUUGGGUAUGGUUAUGGCUACAUAACAAUACAACAUUAGUGACAUGUGUAUUAAAUAUCGUUGGAGCGGAUCUGAUGUACGUUAUGUUUAUCCUUCACGCUUGCUAUCUUUUUGUGUGUGUGAGGUAA